UCCACGCACCCGCACCGCGCGCCCCCAAUCGCGACAGCCACCUCAGCUGAGCGCAAUCGCGACUAUGUGAUACGAAUCCCAGUGAUACAAAGUAGUGUUUUUAAACCGUGAUACAUCAACUGCCAUCAUGUACAAGACGGUGCGCCACGGCGAGAACAGUCUCCAAUACACAAUUCUUCCGCAAACAGAGGAAGUGCUCAAUAACAGUGGACUGAAAGGCAAAGGACGGGAUUACAGCCCCUCCAUCCAUGUGCGUCGUUCGCGGAGGAAAUCCACUGUCAAAUAUGUUUUACUGAUUUUAUUUGGCGUAGUCAUAGCGUUGGCUCUGGCGUCUGUACCGCUGUAUGUGAUGAACGGAGCGUUGUAUGCCCGCAGGAAUCACCAAGACAGUCAUGAAAUUAUAACUAAUUCUCCCCUUACGCCGACGGGACGGGAAAUUGUUAAGUCGCGAAAAAAGGAGCUUAAGAUGAUUUUGGAGGUGGUGUCAACAGCUGAACCAACGACGAGUACAUCAACAACAACGAGUACGACGUCGACGACGACGGCGACUCCCCCGACGAGCAGCGAUCGCGCCACGACGCCACCGUGGACGAUGCCCGCCAUCCGGUCGUGGAAGAGCUCCACGUCCUCAACCACGAUACGGACCAUCCCGACCGAGGACAUCGACAAGAUUCCUCUCGUCGGCACUCCCUCGGGCAGCAUCCGCCUGCUAGACCGCUACAUGUCCGCCAAGCCCUGGGAGGACAUUAUAAUCAAACCCACCGUCACAUCAGAACCGAUCACGAUUCGUAAUGUAUUCAAGUAUUACUCCAAAUCGUACGUUCCAUCGGAGAAACCUGUAACGACUAAUCCAAAAGUAUUUGAAGAUGUAUUGAUAACGACGAAAUCCACUACGGUUCGCAUUCCAGUGACGUCUGAGACGACCAGCGAGAAUUCCAAAAUGAGAGAUUUGAAGGACGCUAUACUAUCGGUGGAUGAUGAUGAUGAAUUCAAGGAGUCUUUGGAAGUAGACGAGGUGUUCUCUCUGCCGCCGCUAAAGCCAGACUCGGCGGCUGCUGGGAGUGAGAGUGACGAGGUGACGGUGUCGAAGGCCACGGACGGAGGGCGGUACGGCGCGCGGUGGCCGUUCGUCGAUAUCUCCUCGUACUUCCAAUGGACGGGCUAUUCUCCGGGAGACAAUCUGCUGCUACCGCUGCUGGUGGCGGCGCUGUCGUCCAUCGCGCUGGUGCUGCUGCUGGCGCUCGCCGUGCGCAGGCGCAAGCGGUCACUCACCGUCUCGCAGCAGAUUGGGAAGCUGACCGCCGACUUGCAAGCGGACGACAACACCAACCUGUUGACCGCCGAGAACCCAGAGGACGGCGAGGAGUAACCGCACACAGCUUCGCUUCACCCGGACUGCACAUGCCUAGUGCACAUAUCGUAGCAUUACUAGCAUCGUAUGGUAAGCAUAACGGCCAUAGUACGUGUGAUAUGACUGUGGGAGGACAACGAUGGGAUGUCAAAGAAGAUAUUUUUUGUACGAAAAUCCUAGACUCACAAAUUGAGUAACAAUAACAACCGAACAAGCACUAAGGGUGGUAUUAAUAAACUAAUCUCAGCUGAGACUGCCCUCAAGACCAUGCUCAAGUCCCUGUUUUUAUAUGAGAACUGUCACAUUGACACGAUCUUGAGAGCAGUCUCGAAGCUGAGGUUUGUUUAUUUAUUAAUACAACCCUAAGAGUCAGUUUGUACUAGGGUAGAGUUGAAGCACAUUGAAGCGUGAUUUCAAAACGUAAUGUUUUGACGCUUGUAUAAACGGACCCUAAGAUCGUUGUAAAUAAACUAUCUGCGAAAACAAUGUAGCACAGUCGCCGCGAUAGUACACCGGGCAUUGGACGCACCCUGUAAUGAGCUAGCCGCCACGUAGUAUUCUAGAACACGGUCCUAUUAGAGACCUGUUCACUUUCUAACAGAUCAUAUUUCAGACUUCAGUGCCUAUUGUUUGUAUAUAAUGUACGGUUGCCAGUUGCCGGGCCAGUGCAUUCUUACCGCGGGCCUAGAGGCCGUUUCUAAGUUCAGAGAUACGAUAUAAUAUCUAAGUAUAUUUUGUAACCACUAUAGAUAUUCGAUUGUAAUAUUAGAUGACGUACUAGUCGAAUGCCAAAGUCGCUAAAAAUAUUUUUGUUACAAAAUAAUUAUAAUCUACAAUGUAUUUAUUGAGAUCAUCGCAAUCGUUGGAACAUAAUUAGAAUAGUAUAAUCAUGAGCUUGCUAGUUAUCUUAUAUCCGAGCAUGACUUUCGUUAUCACACGGCUGCUCGAGCGUGGAUCAGUAUUCUGUAGCAUCAUCGUGCUAUGUAUAUCAUAUCUCUGAAGGUUCGACAGUGUCUUCUCAGUAUUAACUCUGUGGUAUAAACAAAUCUACAUUAUAAGCGUAUUUACUUUCAUGUAGUCUGUCGAUAGGAUAAGGUCAAUAUCAAUCUUGGUGUAAUAUUAUUAUACUCUGUGUUUCAAUGUCACACUUUAUCUACAUUUCAAAGCAUGUAUUUUCUUGCUCCCAUAUACGUCUCAGUUAUGGAUAUGAUUCGUUAUAUAGAUAUAAGACUGAUGUAGGAUUGUGUUGUUUAUUUCAUUAAGUAGUCAUUUGUACCGUAUUAAAUCUAUUUUUAGAACGGCACUAGUCAUUUAAUUUAUUAAUAUUGUGUCCAGUAUUUUUGUGUUUUAUACCAUGUCAUAUUUAAAUGUUAGUAUAGCCAUUAUUUAAUUAUAAAAUUAUUGUAAUAUACACAUAUAUACUUGAUAUAUCUGUCAUGGAAAGUAUUGCUUUGGCAUUACAUUAUGAAAUGUGAUUCGACAGAUAAGGGUGUGGAGGUAGCGUUAGUUAAAUUCGAAUGUGAUACCUUUGUAGUAUCGAGUUAACGUUUCCCUGUAGACGGAUUUGUAAGUGUUGUGCUGGUUUAUAUAACAUACUAAAUAUAUUCGCAUACAGGUUGUUUAUUUGUAAUACGCUACAUACUUGUAUCAUUCUAAAACAAGAAUAUCGAAAAGAGAUGCAGUUUACUCAAUAAAUCCACUGGCUAAGCAUAUUAAGUCAUUCUAUGCGAAUAUAGUUUAGUGUAAAUAACCAUUGUUUACUAAACUGUUUGGAUGUAUGUAUAAAACGGUAGCGCCCCGAGAACGUCACAGUAGCGUCAUGCUAGGAACAUUUUGUAUCAUGCGGACUCGCACACUAAUGUAUCUUAGAAGUUAAGUUUGAUAUAGCUUUUGUCGGAAUAGUUUUGUGAUGCAUUCAGCAGGCUCGGCCAUUUUGUAUUCGCAACACCACCAUGUACAUAAAUAAUGAAAUAAAUUAUG